AUGGGAUCCUCUAUGAAGGUCCGCAAACAGAAAGGCUAUCAUCCAUACAUUACCCCUCGGUCUUACAACCCCAGGUCUAGCCACAACAAUGGUUCUCCAUCCUCGAAACCGGGUCCCAGUGUCUCACACUCUUCUCUCGCUUCCCAAAAAUCUUCUGGGUCAAGGGAAAUACAACCGAGCAGCACUCUGGAACCUGUGCUAGACAUUGGAGUGGCAGAGCAAUCUACUGACGAUGACCUUGAGCAAGUUAUAGUGGCUAUCGACAUGAGAGAUUCCGGCACCGUUGGCUGCUCCUAUUACUCGGCCCAGGAAGAAAAGCUUUAUCUAUUGGGAGACAUUAAGUCUGCUGGAAACGAGAUGAUAGAUAGCUUGAUACUACAGACCAAGCCUACCGUACUCCUGACUUCUGCUCGUGUCGACUAUCUCACCACGCGAGGCAGCCAGAAUUUUGGGCAAGAAGACGAUUCUCUUUCUUACCUCCCAUACCAGCUCGAUAUCCGGCCGUCCCAAGAAUUCAGCUACUCCAAUGCCAAAAACAAGUUGGUGGCUUUGGAGAUAUCCUCGACACACGAGCAACGUAUCCAGUUCUUGGUGCCUCAUACUGGGUUACUCGAUUCCGAGCAGCUAGAUGCUGAGAGUUUGGGCUUUACACUCCAGGAAGGAAGGCUGUUACACAUGUCCAGUUCAAUCGAUAUGGAAAACAUCAUAACAGUAGGCUGUGCUGGUGCUAUCCUCACGUACCUACAAAGGCGGAGAACUGCAGAGCCAAACUCUGGGUCAAGAUCUUCAGAUACCUUCAGAGUUAGCUCUGUUGAAAUGCUCACUUUGAAGAGCACUAUGUACAUCAACGGAAACACGUUAAAAUGUCUUCAGAUCAUACAGUCCGAAUCUCACCCUAGUAUGUUCAACCAAGGGCCUGGGAAGAAAUCGUCAUCCUCGAAAGAAGGGCUAUCGGUCUACGGUAUAUUUCAAAGGUUCGCAUGCACUCCUCAAGGGAGGAAUCGACUUAGGCAAGAUUUCCUUCGCCCUAGUGUGGAUAUAGGAAUUAUCUGUGAGCGACACGACUUCAUUGGCACUUUUUUACGGCCUGAUAAUUAUAACUCUUUGGAGAAGAUAUCAAAGAGUCUGAAGCAUAUAAAAAACCUCCGUCCUGUCAUGAUCAACCUUCGCAAAGGUGUCAGUACCGGAAGUGCAAAGAUAACUGGCUUCAAAACCACUGUCUGGGCAACGCUGCUGGCUUUUGCCUUUUAUGGAAUUGAUAUUCAUGAUGCCCUGAGAGAGAUCUCUGGUGUUAACACGUUAGCUCUCUGCCAAAAGGCAAUCAACAUUCUUGAAUCGGCUCAGCUUUACAGGGUCGACAUUGAUAGUUCCGAGGAACAAAGCAGAACAGUCGUAAAGCCUGGACUGGAUAGAGAACUUGACAGGAUGAAAGACAGCUAUGACGGCUUGAACAGUCUGUUGAAGCAGGUCGCAAUAGAUAUUGCUACUACAAUCCCGGAGAGCCUUGACAUUGAUGUGAACGUGAUAUACUUCCCUCAACUCGGCUUCAACAUCGCAAUUCCACUAAACGAUGGAGGUGAAGCGGCAUUUAAUGGCCCCGACGAAGACUGGGAACUCAUAUUCGUCACUGAAAAUCGAGCAUAUUUCAAGGACUUUCGAAUGAGAGAGAUGGAUGACAGGUUAGGUGACAUAUAUGGACUUAUUUGUGAGAAGGAGAUCGAAAUCGUGUACGAACUCGCUCAAAGGGUGCUUCAACAUGAACAAAUGCUUUUAGAAGCAUCGGAUAUCUGUGGCCAAAUUGACAGUCUUCUUGCAAUGUCCCACGCCGCGAGUUUCUACAAACUCGUGCGUCCCAGGAUGGCGCAAGAGAAUAUCAUCAAAAUAAAAGGGGGGCGGCAUAUUCUCCAGGAGCUGACGGUACCUUCAUAUGUUCCGAAUGAUACACUAUUGAUGGGUGGCGGAUUGGAGACAAGAUCCCUGGAUAUUUCUCUUGAGACAUCUGAAGAUGAACCCGAAGGACGAGAGAAGCCCGAUGGUCCAAGCAUGCUACUGUUAACAGGGCCAAAUUAUUCUGGUAAAAGUGUCUAUAUGAAACAGGUUGCUCUGAUUGUCUAUCUCGCACAAGUUGGAAGCUUUGUUCCUGCUGAAAUUGCGGAGAUUGGAAUCACCGACAAAAUACUUGUGAAAAUGAACACCCAAGAAAGUCUCUCCAAGACCCAGAGUACAUUCAUGAACGACUUGCAACAAAUAUCUCUCGACCUGAAACAGGUAACCUGCCGCAGUCUACUAAUAGUUGAUGAAUUUGGCAAAGGAACCAACGAGAGUGAUGGCAUUGGGCUAGCUUGUGGAAUCCUCGAGCACCUCCUGAGUCUUGAUAAAGCACCAAAGGUCAUAGCUGCAACGCAUUUCCACGAGAUAUUCGAAAAUGGGUUUCUCAAUCCUCGACCCCAAUUGCAACUUGGCCAUAUGGAAGUUCAGGUUUGCGAAGAGUCCCCACAAAUCGAAGACCAGAUCACCUAUCUAUAUAAUUUCCGUCUAGGUCGCAGCGAUAAGAGUUUCGGUACAAUUUGUGCAGCGAUGAAUGGGAUUAACCCAACCAUCGUUGCUCGUGCAAAUGAACUCGCUGCUCUAUCUGCUCGUGGGGAGAACCUGAUAGCUGCUUGCGCCACAUUGUCAUUGGAGGAAACGCAAGCACUUGAAGAAGCGGAUGCUUUGGCAAGAGGGUUCUUGAGCCUUGGUCUGUCAGGUCAUGGCAGCUCUGGAAAUCCUAGAGACUUGCUCGAGAGCCUUUUCGACAAGUCGGGCAGAUCGGCACUAUACCGCCAUAUUUCUGAAUGCUCUUCGUGA